UUGGUGCCACAGAAUAGGCAUCAUUGUCUUGAAUUUAUAAUUUCUUUAUUGAGUAAUUACUGUUAUGCGGUUCUUCGGUUUACUUAAUGCCGCCCUUGGAGUUACUAUGCUGUUGGUGGAGGAUUGAUUGCUACUAGUGUCUUUUUUUUAAAAAAAAUUUUUUGGGGUUAGUUUAGUUGAUACUAGUCUGAAACAAUGCAAAUUACGAGACUGCGGAAGGGGGCCUGGGGACAGGUGGGAUUGGACCUUUGUUCUAAGAUGAGGAACAAAUACCUCUAGGCCCUAACCAAGAUAUGUUGAUAAGUACAGCAGUUCUAUUUUAUUGUGAAUUAUUGGGGUGAUAUUAAUCGCUUCAGGCGCUUGAGGAAUUGGAUUGUGGCUUUUCCAAAAUGGGCUGAUUAGCCGUUGAAAUUUCAAUGUGUUCGUGGAUAGUCCCUUGUCCUUGAUUCAAUUCUGAUUAAGGGAGGCUUUUUGGUGACGAGAACUCUUCAGGAGUGGAGGGUUUGAAUUGUUCUCUGUGGUGCCCAUUUCUUACGUUUUCCUCCUCAUAAACAUCACCAAGAUAUUUCUUUAGUUAUUUAAUUCAAAGCCACCAUUUUAUGAUUGUACGGUUCCAGUAUCUGCUUUGCUUCUACGUUUUCUCUUGAGCAACUUGCUAUUGUCGACUUUCAAACUUCUUCCUCGUUGCCUUUGUUGUCAUCUCUUAUACUGCUUUUACAGCAUGCACAAUGGACGCAGCCAACAGGCGCCAAAUUGUUGUUCGAUUACUUCUGGCUGCAGAACAUGAAGCUCAGCAAAUUGUGAAUGCUGCCAAAACUGAGAGAGUACGCAAACUUACACAAGCCAAGGAAGAGGCUGAAAAGGAGGUAGCUGGACAUCAUAGAGAAAUGGAGCUCGAGUUCCGAAAGAACGAGGCAGAGAAUUCCGGAGAAUUGAGAGCCAUCAUGAAGCGCCUCGAACAAGAAACAGAAGGAAAGAUCAAUCACCUGCAAAUGGAGGCUGCGAGUGGAGUGCCACACGGCUUUUAUUUUGGGACUUUCAUUUUUGCACUUGAGAUGAGAUAACCUGUGAUUUCUUGAAGGAGGACAUUUGACACAUUGUAGGCUGUCUAAGUGGUGGCUGUCUUACUGAUGCUUCCCAACCAGUCUGCAAUAAUUGUACCACAAAAUUGAGCAGAGGACAUUGUCUUCAGUAUCACCAAUCUUCACUUCACCAGAUCCGCACUUCCGCUGUAUUGCUUUGCUGUUGUUGUGUUUAGACACUAAACCCCGCAGUAUAAGGAAGCUGCUCUCUCUGCAGGCAUGUAACCGUAGCAUCCGUAACCCCAGGAAGAAUGUAAAUGCGGGGUACGGAAGAGAUCUGAUUUUACUCCGAUUAGAUCUCUCAGCCUGAAUUCUUAAUGGCUUUAAAAUCGGGUUAACCGAUCAAGUUGAUUCCACUCCAAAGCCAAUAAAAUAUUCUGCCAAUGGAUCUCACUAUCUCGGUUACUUGGAUGGUUGCUCCUUGACAGAUGUAAAAAAAAAAAAAAAAGGGUUCUUUUCCAUCUUCCAACGAUGACAGCCUUUAAAACAGCAUCUUCACUGAUUACUUGUUCCUGUUUGUCUUCUCCUGCCUACUCUGCUCUUAAAAGGACAGGAGACUGCUUUGAGAAUGGUUCA